CAUGAAAACUAAGCCGUGCUAUUGGCUAACAUUACAGUUUCUCUUUAACCAAUGGGAUUGUGGAUUUUAAAAACACUUAUUUUGAUUGGACAAAGUUAAUAUACGUUUCCAGGACUCACCACUAGUUAAACGCACAACUUCAUUCUCUGCCCCAUUUGCGUUAAGAAGCAGUGAAUAAGCGGUAGGUUGAUAGAGCUACCGUCUUUCUUCCAGUUUUUUUCUCCAAUUUUCCGGCAGUUACUCCCAGCCAUGCCUGAGCCCUCAAAGUCCGCUCCUGCCCCGAAGAAAGGCUCCAAGAAGGCAGUGACAAAGGCCCAGAAGAAGGACGGCAAGAAGCGCAAGCGCAGCCGCAAGGAGAGCUACUCUGUGUACGUGUACAAGGUGCUGAAGCAGGUCCACCCCGACACCGGUAUCUCGUCCAAGGCCAUGGGCAUCAUGAACUCCUUCGUCAAUGACAUCUUCGAGCGCAUCGCCGGCGAGGCUUCCCGCCUGGCGCAUUACAACAAACGCUCGACCAUCACCUCCAGGGAGAUCCAGACGGCCGUGCGCCUGCUGCUCCCCGGGGAGCUGGCCAAGCACGCGGUGUCGGAGGGCACCAAGGCCGUCACCAAGUACACCAGCUCCAAGAAGAGAAAAAGAAAAUUCACAGAGAUAUUAAGAAGGCCCAUGAAUUCAGAAAGCUCAAGAUUUUGGCUAAAAUUAAGAGUCAGCAACCAAUCUCCAGGUACCCUUGCUUCUCAAUCUGUAGGCUAAAGACCCUAGACCAAA